CAUUCCAAAAACGUCACCUUCCCUCAGUCACCCACACGACACGGAGGGAGGUAGACGUGCGCUCUUCUUUCCCGCCAUGGCUUCAGAAACUUCAAAGAAAAGCAAAGAUGUCCGGAAAUCCUCGACGGGGAACUUAACAGUGGACAAGAUCUUCGCUAAAUACAGGACAUGCGACUCUGCGGCUGUGUGGUGGGCUGUCUUUGGGGUCGUCUGUGCCCUGACAGCUGCUACCCGGUUCUAUAACGUCGGACAGCCUGAGCAUGUUGUGUGGGACGAGACUCACUUCGGCAAGUUUGGCAGCUGGUACAUCAAUCGGACCUUCUUCUUUGAUGUCCACCCCCCCCUGGGCAAGAUGCUGAUUGGUGCUUUUGGGUACAUGACGGGGUAUGAUGGAACCUUCCCCUUCGUCAAACCUGGAGACUCCUACGAAGGGGUCAACUACCUGGGGAUGAGAGUGUGCUGCACGGCGAUGGGAGCGUGCCUGGUUCCAUUCGCCUUCAUCAUCGUGUGGGAGAUGACGCAAUCCCUCCCGGCGGCCACGUUUGCCUCCUCGCUUAUCCUGUUCGACAUCGGGCUUCUCACCUUGACGCAGUACAUCCUCCUCGACCCUAUACUGCUGUUUUUCAUCAUGGGAUCUGUUGUGGGAUGUGUCAAAUUCCAUGCACAGAGGCACAGAGCGUUCGGGGCCGCCUGGUGGGGCUGGUUGUCCUUCACCGGGGUCAUGCUGUCCGGGUCUGUCUCAACCAAAUUCGUGGGUCUGUUCGUGGUUGUCUAUGUCGGGUUGCACACCAUCGCCACACUCUGGGACAUCUAUGGCGACCUGAAGAACCCAUUGACACUGGUAGCCAAACACUUCCUGGCGAGAGCUCUGGGACUCAUCCUCCUCCCUAUCAUCCUCUACUGUGUCUACUUCUACAUCCAUCUGACCAUCUUGUGUAGAAGCGGAAAUGGUGACGGAUUCUACAGCUCAGCCUUCCAGUCCCAGCUUGAAGGGAACUCUCUGUACAAUGCUUCUAUGCCCUUAGAGCUAGCCUUUGGAGCGGAGGUGACCCUGAAGAACGCGAGGACAGGUGGAGGUUAUCUACAUUCCCAUAUCCACCUGUAUCCGGAAGGGGUUGGCGCCAGGCAGCAACAAAUUACAACCUACUCCCACAAGGAUUUCAAUAACAGAUGGCUGGUCAAGAAGUGGAAUGCCGAGCCUGCCGAUUGGGAUGACGAGGAAGCCCCCAUUGAGCUGGUGAAGAACGGGGAUCUGGUGAGGCUGGAGCAUGUGCCCACCGGGAGGAAUUUGCACUCCCACCGAGAGCCUGCGCCCGUCACCAAAAGACACCAUCAGAUUACGGGAUAUGGCGAGAACGGCGAGGGAGACGUGAAUGAUGUUUGGCGCGUGGAAGUGGAGGGCGGAGCGGAGGGUGAGGUGGUCAAGACAGUGGUCCACCGACUCCGCUUCAUCCACUACUUGGUGGGAUGUGCGCUCAUGUCGCACAAUAAACAGCUGCCCAAAUGGGGUUAUGAACAGAUGGAGGUCACCUGUAACCCCAAUGUUCAUGACACCAACAACCUCUGGAACAUUGAAGACAACCAGUUCCCUAAACUGCCCAACUCCAGCUUUGAGAUCUAUGCCCCGAACUUCCUUGAAAAGUUCCUUGAGUCCCACACAGUCAUGUUCCAAGGCAACUCAGGACUGAAGCCCAAGGAGGGGGAGAUCACAUCCCAGCCUUGGCAGUGGCCGAUCAACUUCAAGGGUCAGCACUUCUCCGGAGGGACCCCCAAGAUCUACCUCCUGGGCAACCCCCUGGUGUUUUGGGCUAACCUGGCCGCCCUGUUUGGCUACGUUUGUUCCUAUGUUUGUGCGGCGUACCGGAGGAAGCGAGGAGGGGGGCGGUGCAGCGGCGGCGAGGAGGAAGGGAAUGCGCGGCGAGCCAGGGCCAUGGGUGCUUGCGGGUGGCUGGUUCUGGCAUGGGCACUCCACUAUCUUCCGUUCUAUGCCAUGGGGCGGAUACUCUACUUCCACCACUAUUUCCCGGCCCUGCUCUUCUCCUCCAUGCUGACCGGUGUGAUGCUGGAUUACCUGUUCGAGUCCCUGCCUGACCUGGUGCCGGGCUACCUCUCAUCGUCCGUCUACCCCUGGCUCACCGGCGUGUUCUACUCCGGUCUGGCCAUGAGUUUCUACCUGUUCUCCCCGCUGGCGUAUGGGAUGCACAACCUGGAGCCGGGCUGGGCCAACCACACGAUCCACGCCCUCCGCUGGCUCGACACAUGGGAGUUCUGAGCGAGAGGGAGCGAGCGGGGUAGAGCGAGUGAGCGAGAGAGGUAAAGUGAGCAAGAGAGAGAGAGAGAGUGGAUAGAAUUUGUUAAGAGAGAGAGAUGAAUUUUUGGAGAGAGAGAGAGAGAGAGAGAGAGAGAGAAACAAUAAUAAUACUCUAUACAUUCCACUAAUAUGUUUGUUUGUUUGUUUGUUUGUUUCAAGUCCUUAUGUGUUUCCAAAGUUUAAAAUUCAUUGUUAUUUUGUUAACAUUAAUUAAUUUUUCUGUUAUUCUUUAAGAUUUCCAAUUCAAUAUAUUUUCCUAUAUUUGCUGUUAUUAUUUUUCUUGUUACUAAAUUGUUAUAAGAUGUCCUGUUGUAAUGGCAAGUCUUAAUACUACCCAACACUAUCUCACUACCGGGCCUUAUGUAAUGGUAAUAGUAGUUAUAUUAGUAAUAGUACAGCAUAUUUUUGUAUGUCUUUGUAAUAAACUUUGAUGAUUAUGAUGAAAAAUAA